AUGUCCUCUUCCGACUCUUCUACCGUUUGCUCAAGGGAAAUCAUCGAAGUGAUCCCCAAAGCCGACUCGAAAGGUCCCAGCCACACUGGCUAUCCUGUACAAGUUGCGACCUCUCUCGAACGCCCUGAGACUCCUGAGAGUGCUGUAUCCGUAGCGCCUUUCAACCCAGGAUGGCGGUUCUACCUCGCCUUCGCUUCCCUUUCCAUCAUCUCGCUGAUGGCUGCCCUUGACGCAACUUCCCUUUCCGUAGCCCUGCCCAUCAUGGCUAAAGCACUUAAAGGCACCGCUAUCCAGGCGUUCUGGUCCGGAACUUCGUUUCUCUUGACCUCUACGGUGUUCCUCCCGGUCCUGGGCUCCUUCAGCCAUGUGUUCGGACGGAAGCCUAUCAUCCUCGCCAGCCUUGCACUGUUCCUCGCCGGAGCCAUCAUUGCGGCGGUGGCGAACAACUUUACAGUUCUCCUCGUAGGCAGAUCCGUGCAGGGUAUCGGCGGCGGCGGAAUCAUCUGCAUGAGUGAGAUGGUCGUGACUGACCUUGUUCCGUUGAGGGAGCGGGGCAAAUGGUUCUCGUUCAUCAGCUCGAUGUGGGCCAUUGGCACGGUUGUCGGUCCACUUCUCGGCGGUGGAUUCGCCCAAAGCGUUUCCUGGCGGUGGAUCUUCUGGAUCAACCUGCCCUUCAUCGGUAUCGGCGCCCCCAUGGUCGUCUUCUUCCUUAAUCUUCAUUAUAAGAACAGCUCGCUGCUCGCAAAGCUGAAGCGAAUUGACUGGAUCGGCACCGUCGUCUUCCUUGGCGCGACGACUGGCUUCCUCAUCCCACUGUCCUGGGGCGGGGUCAUGUACGACUGGUCCAGCUGGCGGACACUCGGACCGCUCAUCAUCUGCGGCGCGGCUCUCGUCGGGUUUGUAUUUUACGAAGAGUACGUAGCAUCGGAGCCAUUGAUCAGGCUCAGCGUCUUCAAGAGUCGGACCGCUGCCGUAACAUACCUUGGAACCUUCUGUCAUGGCGUCCUCCUUUGGUGCAUCUUAUAUUACUUACCUCUUUACUUCGAAGCGGUCAAGGGCCUCACGCCAAUCACGGCGGGCGUAGCUUUGUUCUCACAGACCUUUGUCGUCCCAGUCAUGUCCAUCGUCACCGGAGCUGCGAUCAGCAUCACCGGCCAUUGGAGGUGGGCAGUUUGGACUGGCUGGUUCCUCACAACUCUCGGCUGUGGCAUCCUCAUCAAGCUCGAGGAGGACACGAGCACUGUAGGCUGGGUCUUUAUGAACAUUAUCUCCGGUCUGGGCACGGGUAUGCUGUUCCCAAGCAUGGCUAUGGCUACUCAAGCCGCCGCCUCGAACGAAGACCAGGCUCACGCGGUCGCCAUGUUCACGUUCAUCCGGGCGUUUGGCCAGACAGUAGGCGUCGCCGUCGGCGGAGUCAUCUUCCAGAACCAGAUGAAGAAGGAGCUCUUGACGUACCCUCUGCUCGCUGACAUGGCGGAGGAAUACUCUAGGGACGCCAGCGGCCUAGUUGAGAUCAUCAAGCACAUGCCAGACGGGCUGGAGCAGAAGCUUGACCUCCGCAUCGCCUACACGGACGCCUUGGAGCGUGUCUGGUAUGUGCUGUGCGUCAUCAGCUUCAUCGCGUUCGUCGCGAGCUUCUGGAUUCGCCCUCUGGCCCUAGAUAGGGCGCUAGAGACCGAACAAGGGUUCAUCCAUGAGCAGAAAGAGACUGAUGCCGAGAGAAACAAAGCGUAG